CUCAACUCUCAGCAAGAUCAAUCGACACCUGAGUGGCUAAGGCAGCAGAUUUUGCAGGAGGACUUCCGCAAACGCCAUGUGGGAGGCGGUGCUGUCACUAAGACUGCUGAGGGGUAUGGAGCUGCAGGGCGCGGCAGAGGAAGAGGGGGUUGGAGAGGCCGAGGCCGUGGGAGGAGCUUUGGCACAGGUAGAGGCCGAGGAGGACAGAUGAGUCACGUAUUCGGAGACGCAACCCCAGCCGUGUCUCGCGGUCUAUGCCCCUGCCUCUGCUCGUCCUCCCGUUCUUUUGGGCAAUGCCGAUUCUCUCCCGCCUUGAGAAUAUCUCACCAGCUCGUCCAGUAGUAUUGCGAACGUAAUUACUACUAUCAGGAAGAAGCCGCCCCUUAUCCUUAUCGUCUUUCCGUUAAUUCUCUAAUACUCUCGUUCUCCAAGCUCGCCCUUUGACUUACGACGCUCUGCUGUUGCGUCGUCUCUCCGUCAAUUCUCUGAUAUUCUCGUUCCCUAAGUCCGCCUCUCACCAUUCCACUGAACCACUUCGCUCUUCUGCCUGUGUAGCACCCCGCGCCCGUCCCCACUGGCCAAAGCGGGGGUUAACCAGAACUCGCAACGGCUAGGUUCGCUUUUCCCGUGUAAGGUCCGCCGCAGACGUCGGUAGCGGCGGAAGGGGCGGAAGGGGCGGCAUGGGGAAGAAGCGCGUGAAGCGGGAGCUGGCGUUCUACGAGGCCAACGGGAAACGCCUCGAACCCCCUUCCAGCGGGCCUCUGCGUCAUGCUGCGUCCGCCCAGCCCCAAGACCCCGCCCUACAUCGCGCGGAUCGAGAGAAUCGAAUGCGAUGCUGCGAAUCGGGUCAAGAUGUGGUGCCGCUGGUACUACCGUCCAGAGGAGUCCAUGGAGGGGCGGCGGCAGUUCCAUGGAGUUAAGGAGCUCUUUUUGUCCGAUCACUAUGAUGGCUGCUACCCGGAGGCGGUGGAAAGCUUGUGUUCAGUGCACAGCCUUAAGGAAUACGCUUACUUAAGUGCGGUGGAGGAGGAAGAUUUCUUUUGCCGGUUCGAGUACAAUGCGUCGACAGGGGUGUUCGCGCCAGAGAGAGUCGCAGUGUACUGCAAGUGUGAAAUGCCUUACAACCCCGACAACCUCAUGGUUCAGUGUGAAGACUGCAAAGACUGGUUCCAUCCAGAAUGUGUGAAUCUGCCUAUCCAUGGGGUGGAGUCCAUGAGCGAAUUUAUUUGCCCCGAUUGUAGCUAAACGUCAAUAGAUAUAUUGAUGUAGUACAUAUAGGAGGAGGUUGUAUAGUGUUGCUGUUUUCCUAGCGUAACAUAGGCUCUGUGGACGACGUGAUAUUCCACCCUGUACUGUACGUGUAUAGCGAACGCUUUGUUAGCGCAAUUGUC